AUGAAGAGAGCUGCUGUGCUGUGUGCUGUGACGCUGUGCGCCCUGUCAGCGCUGUCAUGGGCUAAAGACGAACCUUCUGUAACUGUGAUUCCUGGGGAGGAGUUUAGCACAGACCCUAAACCCAAUACUACAACCCCUCUUACAACCACGUCUACAACCCCGCCUACAACCAAGCCUACAACCAAGCCUACAACCCCGUCUACAACCAAGCCUACAACCGCGUCUACAACCAAGCCUACAACCGCGUCUACAACCAAGCCUACAACCAAGCCUACAACCACCACCCCAAAAACUACAACCCCGUCUCCUAAACCUACACCCCCCGCCAAUGUGACUGUGGGAAACUACAAUGUGACAAUAGACAAAAAAGUGUGCCUGUUGGCUCAGAUGGGGCUACAGAUCCGACUUGAAACGCUGAAGGCCAAUGGAACCUUCGUUGUUCAGCCAAAGUUAACCACAGCCAGCGGGGAUUGUAAGGAAACCACGGCCAAGCUAACCCUAACUUUCAAAGAGGGCCACAUCACCUUCUCGUUCAACAAGAGCGUUGCUGAUAAUCAGGCCUUUGUUGAUAGUCUGUCUUUCAACCUCGACUAUCCAUUUGGCGAGGGAGGUAACAAAGAGUACUCUGCCAACAACCAGUCACUGCAUCUGUUCCCCGCAAAAAUCGGACAUGCCUACUCCUGCAAGAAUGAGUCACUCUACAUGGGGAAUGGACUGUACCUGGAUAUCACAAAGGACCGGAUGCAGGGCUUCAAUCUGACCAAGAGCAAUGAUUUUGGCACAUCUGACGUCUGUGCUGCCGACCGGCCGGACUACCGCGUUGCCAUCGCGGUGGGAGUGACAUUGCUGGUGCUCAUCCUCGUCGUGGUGGUGGCCUACCUGCUGAGCCGCAGGAGGAGGACCGACGGCUACCAGUCCCUGUGA